AGCAAGAAUUUAGCAACAUUUCAACAAGCUAUGUAAUCUAAGAGCCCAUAUUAUCGAGCGGGAGAUAUAAGCCGAUGCAUGGUUUUUAGCUUUAGCUGCUGGAUAUACGCAGUUGUUUUGUUUAAAAUUCAUUUCCUCGGCCUUCACUAGAAAAUUUGGAUUGUGUCUGGGAUUUCUUAAUUAUUUAUCAUGACUUCGCCAGAUACCGUAAUCGAGCGGAGGGGUUCGGCAAUGGAAGCACCAAGUUUCAGUCGACACUUUCAUUACGGCGCACAAGAUUUCGUCUGCAUGGGGCGUUUUACAUAUAUUUAUAAAACAAGGUGCGCAAACAACACUGUUGCCAUCAGAGUUGUCAAUUAUAACGGUGACACAUAUGAAGAAGCUGUAAGGCAAUGCACCCGAAAUUUUGACAAUUUAAAGCAGUUUCAACAUCCCAAUUUAAUAAUGUAUCACGACAUUCGGGUUUCCUCAACACCAAUCGGAGCAAAGAUUGAAUUUAUGACGGAUUACUGCCCAGGUUUGGAUCUCGGCAGGCGCAUCGCGACUCUUCGAAACGACGCAGUGAUCCUUAACGCAGUCACAGUUCUGACGUAUGUGGAGCAAAUUGCGUCGGGGCUCAGUUUCUUGCAUGAAAGAAAUUUUAUGCACGGGGUACUUUCACCUGCGACAAUAUUGAUAAAGCGGCUUAACAAUGCAGAAGACAGACUAUUAAUCGGCAGCCUGGAAAAUAUUUCUCCUGUCAGCCCUACCCUCGAAGACGAGGAGCAGGAACUCUACUAUGAUAAAUUUCACUGGGAUUAUACAUCUCCGGAACUAACGAACUAUAUUAGAACACCCGACUUUAGCACAUACAAGCAAAACGUAAGAAACGAAGGAGCUCAUGGGCUGAAAAGCGAUAUCUGGAGUUUGGGAUGUGUCUUUCUACGGUUGGCUAACUGUAUAACAGGCCAGCACGAGAAAGCCCUCUGCAAAGCGGGUAGAAAAGUAGUUAUCGAUGCUACGGUUGAAACCGAUCGUUACAUUUCCUUAUUGCUCAGCGGGUACAGCCAUUAUAUUUCUGAGACGAUACCAGACGCCAUACGGUACUGCAUUCAAGACUGUCUGCAUAGAAAAGUUCAACGAAGGAUGACUGCCAUGCAACUUUUGUCGCGUUUAAAUACAGUGAUCACAGAGAUCCGAGAACUGGAAUUGCCAUAAGGGCUAACCAACAGCGAAAGAAAUGUCACGACGACUUAUACACGUUUCCGCCAGGUGUCCGUCAAGAUUACCUGCCAUGAACAAGGAGAUAAUAUUGAGCUCAUGAUUACUCACUACAUAUUGCGUCGUAAUAAUGAUUAUGUGAUAUCGAUGAAUUACCGUUUAUCGUAUGCGAUCGCGAUCCAUACAUUUAAAGAGCGCCUCAGUCCACCAAAGUCAUUCUAUUAUUUCUAGUCAUUUUCAGUCAGCUAAUCAGUUACGAGGGCCCUUUCAUAAGUUUUAGUCUUUGCUGCACGGUUUUGAACUAAAUCAAAUUUACUUUUUCGAAUCCAUAAAAUCUACUUCUCUACUCUGUCUGCUCUGCAGGCAUCUGCUCCCCAAUUCUUGAAACGAAUUCAAAGAAAAAUGACGCGGUAAAGAGGAGAUCGAGCCAUAAAAAUUCUGUUUCUCUUCUUUUUAUGCUUUUUGCUCUUAGACAUCUCAUAUUGCAUUUAAAGUGAAAAUUAUUUUGAACUAGUAGAAGGUUAGGCUAUGUGGAUAAAAUGGCUGCGUCAAGAUAUUCUUGCGUGAUGUUGCAAAACAAAUGAGAGAUAGGACGAAAAGUGUAGGUGCGAGCUAUCUUGGGGUUGCCCCGUGCGGAGGCUAUACCGUGUCAAAGUCAAUCUUCUCCAAGCUUAUCUGCGAGGAGCUGCAGCGAUUCCUUGAAACCAUUGCUUCCUAAAUGUUUAGUCCCUCUGCUAUUGCUUUCAUGGUUCAACGAGAUUAUUAUUGUUCGUGGCUGUUUUAGAAGAGACGUUGUCUAGAUGUAAACAUUAAAGUAUGGUUCCUCAAUUCCCUGGUCUACGUCACAGAAGAUUGCCCAGCUCGAAAUAGCUUAACCAGUCCACAAACGUUAGAACGUGAUGGCAAUGAAUCAAGGAAAAGAAUAAAUAAUUCGCCAAGAAAUAAAACUCCAGUGUUCUUUUCUAGCAAUUUCUUGAAAUAUGUAAGGAAAAUCCGCGGUCGGUAAAAUGUUAACUCAUUAUUGACGCGAAGCAUUUUGAGCCCGGGUGCCUUUGCACGAACAGAUGCCAGUCGCCAGCCGUGGGAGGUAUCACCUCGGCCAUUGCCCUAUGAUCUAGUUAUGAAUGCUACAGUUUUUGAAAAAUCAGAUCAUAAUUUUAUUAAUUUUGGUUCGUAUCAAAGGCGAAAACUUAUGAAAGG